AUAUUUUGGAAGCCUGCUACAUAAGGCCGCAGCGCACCACACAAAACCCUAGCCGCCUCCGCCCCUCCCCUCUUAAACCCCAGCCCCCACUCCCCAUUCCCCAUUCCCCCCUCCCCCGCCGUCUCGUCCCAGCUCGCCCUCCAGAGGUUUUAGUCUUCCUCCAUGGCGGCCCUCAUCAAGCUCGGAAGCCUUCUUAGGCAGAGUGCUGUGGCUAGCAGUGCCUCCACCGGCUCGGCUCCUGCCCUGUUCAAUGCUGCCCGCUUCAUGUGCGCCGGCCAGCCUGCUGAUGGCUCCAAGCUUUUCGUCGGUGGUCUCGCCUGGGCUACUGAUGAUCAUUCGCUGAAGGAGGCGUUUCAAUGCUUUGGUGAGGUCGUUGAAGCUCGUGUUAUCACUGACAGAGAGACUGGAAGGUCUAGAGGGUUUGGUUUUGUGAGCUUCGCCAGCGGCGAGGAUGCAAAGAGUGCUGCAGAAAACAUGGACGGCAAGGAGCUUGCGGGGAGGAAUGUCCGUGUGAACUUCGCCAACGAGCGACCUUCGGGUGGUGGCGGCGGCGGCUUCUCUCGUGGCGGCGGUGGCUAUGGAGGUGGUGGCGGCGGCUAUGGUGGCGGUGGCUUUGGUGGUGGUGGCGGAUACGGUGGUGGCCGUGGUGGUGGUGGCGGCGGCUAUGGUGGUGACCGUGAGUCCUACUAAGAAGAGCACUGGCUAUCAAAUUUAAAAUAAUGAGUUUUUAGGACAGUGUCUUGAUUAUGUGGAACCUAAUGUUACGUCUGUCUGUUAUCUGCGAUAGUUGAACUCAAUAGGGGCAGAGAUGUGGUUCUAUGUUAUUUUUGGUUUUGCUUUUUUCUUGAUGAUGCAAGAGUUAAUUUGUGUAUGCUGCUUCGAGGCUUGGAUGAGUCUCAAGGAAGUUUCAUGCAUUUUGCCGUA